AUGACUUCAUCACAACAGCUUCUGUCCAGUUCUUUGUCUCAGUCUGGCCUUGACACUCAGGUUUUUAACCCAGCAAGAAACAACUCCCAUAAAAAGUAUCAUCAGUGUGCUUUCUGCAAAAUUCAUGGAGUUGACAUCGGUAUCACAGGACACAAGUCAUACUGUAUUUACCGUGAGGGAUGCUUGUGCAAAGGAUGCAACUUUAUACGGCGUAGGCAAGAAAUUUCCAAACUUCAGGCCAGGCUAAGACGCCAAAAAGACAUGGACGCUGAGCUGGUGGCAAUAGCAACAGGCACAAUUGAGCCACCAUCGCAGGAUGCAGAUCCACUAAAGCGUUUCCCAAUGUGUUUCAAGUGCUGGGUACAUGACAGCAUCAGAGUACGCAUCAAAAGCCAUCGCAAUGUUUGCCCAUAUGCUUGGUGUGGAUGUGCAAACUGCAGUUUAAACAGUGACCGCAGGCGCUGUAGGCGUGAGCUGAGGGAGUUGGUGUCAAACAAUUCUGACAAGAUCAACGCAACCACCAGCUUAAGACAAAUUGGAUCUAUGGCCUCAGCUCCACACCCACCAUCUUUCACAAUGCAGGCCCCUGUGAAUCUCUCUCAUGGAGUACAUCAGCAAGAUGGGCCAAAAUGGGCAAAUUCAGAGAUGAUGCCAUCUGCCUCAACAUAUACAUUUUCUUCCAUUGCCAGAACAGGGAGCAGUAGUAUGCUCAACAGCAACAUCCAGCAUGGCUAUGCUAGCAGUAGUAGCAUCAACGAUGGGGAUGCUGACUUUGAAGGAGGCUCAUGUCAAAUUCCAGGGUUUCAGGUCCCAAACUCUGUGAAGUCAGUAUCUUCGCAAAUCUGUUUGGACAUGCCAUUUCUGAGCCCAGUCCCUCUGGAAGUGGUCAGAGACAGCAGGAAUAACACUCAAAGUGCCGAUAGUUUCCAGCAUUAUCCAACAUUGCAGGGCCAGCCCCAGAUUCAGACUCAAGUGAAAGACAGUGCAGAAUGA